AUGGAGCACAGAACUCAACACAGUGCUUUUAAUGGACUCGAAUCGCUGUUGAAGCGGCGUAAGACACGAAAGGGCACUUCGAGCUGCUGGGAGUGUAGACAUCGCAAGAAACGCUGCGACUUUGAGCCUGAAUCUACCACUUGUGUCUUCUGCUUACGCCACCGGCUUGAAUGUGUCAGUCAGGAAUUUUCCGAGACCACCAAUGGCUACGAGAAAGUUGGGCAGCGCAUUGACCAGAUAGAAGGGUUAGUAGAGCAGCUCAUUCAACAGCGAAAAGGAAAGUCGACAAGCGCUCCAGAAUCAUCGAUGACACCGGAGCGAUCUCAAUGCGUGCAGUAUCCCACGCUACGCUCGGUCAAUCAUGAGCGGAUAUCAAGAAAUCGCUCUCUUACAGGCUACUUAUUCUCAAUUCUCCCUGAUCCGACCCUCGCUGGAGUGAUCCUGAAAAGCAGUAAGCUGUUCAGAGCGCCCCUUCAAAUGGCACAGGGCCAGCAAUCGUCUAGUGCGGAACGUUGUCCUGGUGCUCCCGAAAUAUCACCCACAGCUCAUCCUGUUUUGUUUGCGCGAAGAUUGAUCCAGCUCGCUCUCUGCUUGCAGCACUCUGAAACAGAGUCUUCCGAACAAUUUAAGCUGCAGUUGAAAAAACCUGUCAAUGAUGUUGCGCAACUCUACUUUACAACAGCCUGUCAUCUUGUCAUGUCGCAAGACUUCCUCAUUAGCUCUAUCGAUGGCCUGCAAACAUUGGUGCUACAAGCGCGCUAUCACAUCACUAUUGGCGACCUUCGCACUGCAUGGCUGAUCCAACAGCGGGCUGCAAAUAUUGCCCAUGUGAUGGGACCUCCUCAGUUUGCUGAGACUGUUGGUGGUCGAGCCGAGUCUGUCUGGUUUGAGCUGGUUUAUAGCGACCGUUUCCUCUCGCUUAUGCUUGGGCUACCAUUCGCAAUCAGCGAUUAUUAUUCUUCCAUUCCAGACCAUAUGAACAUCACCUCUGCGCAGAGAUUGGAGCGUAUCCAUGUUCUACUUGCAGGUCGCAUAAUUGCCAGAAAUAUGCGCAUGCAACAACGUAAGGAAAAUACUCGACAGGGGACCUCAGUCCAGGAAGACUAUCCAGAAACAAAAACGAUCGAUCAGCAGCUAAAAAAAGCUACAAGACUUAUGCCAGCUACCUGGUGGCUAGUUCCUUCACUGGAAAAAACCUCCUCUGAUUUGGAAGUAGCUGAGAAAACUGCAAAAUUGCUGGUUCAAAUGCAUCAGUAUUAUCUGCUGGCCCUGCUGCACCAACCAUAUCUCAUUCAGCAGCUCGAGAGAGAUAAUUAUAGCCGCAGCAUCGGCCAUAUUUCACCUGAUCACAUGUACAGCAAACUUGCUGCUACAUCUGCAAGUCGCGAAGCGAUCACAAGGUACCUAGUCCUCCGCAAUUACCACCGGUCACCGUCUUCUCGCGCUAUGGAUGAGAAGGGCUUCACGUCCUCACUUACUCUCCUUUUGGCCCAUUUAGAUGGUCAUCGCCUAGGAAAUGCGAAUGUGCUCGAGCAUCAACGACCGCAUGAUCUUGGCAUCAUUCAAAAAGUGACCGAUCUGAUAGAGGAUAUAUCGGCUUCGGAUAAGCAUCCCUUAGAUGUCUCUCGGGCGCAAAUCCUGAGACGCUUCAUCGAAGUGGAAGCCGAUGCAGCGGACGGGUCAUCUUACUGCGCUUGGAAGAACGAUGGAAACGAUAGUGAUGGGAGCGACGGCCUAAAGCUCUCCAUCCCAUAUUUUGGAAUUCUGCAUAUCACGCGUCAGCAAAGGCAGAAGUCCCUAGGAAUGGAAAUACCAGAUCUAGAUUACGUCAGGAUGUCAGAAAUCAUUCCGGAGGUGUUGGUCCCAGAAGGUUCGGCUUCUACUUCCCGCUACUUGGAUAACUUGACCUCGGCUAUACAAGUAAUACCAUCACAAGAGACAGAUAUAUCAUGGCUUGAUUCCUGGAUAUAUCAGGCUUGA